AUCCGUGAGAAAGAAAGAAAAAGAAACGCAGUUUUUGAACAUGGACCAAAAAGAAAUUCUCUUGAAAUUUCUUAAUGUGGUAAAAAGUAAGAGGUGUGAUAAACAGGAGAAUAUUGCGGGUGAAUUUUUGAGACUGAAAAGACAAUCGACGAAAUUCAGAAAUGACAAAAUCUACCUUUCAAGCAGCGCAGAUAAACAAGAAAAUGUUAAGAAGAACCGAUACAAAGACAUUGUACCCUUUGAUCACAGCAGAGUGAAGCUGUCGUUGAUCAUUUCUGACAAUGAUUCUGAUUAUAUCAAUGGGAAUUUUAUCAAGGGUGUAUAUGGACCACAGGCCUAUAUUGCUACACAGGGUCCUUUGCCUCACACAGUGAUGGAUUUUUGGAGGAUGUUGUGGGAAUAUAACGUUUCAAUAGUAAUUAUGGCUUGCCGUGAAUUUGAGAUGGGACGGAAAAAAUGUGAGCGAUACUGGGCUUACAGUGGUGAGGAUCCAUGUCACUAUGGACCGUUUAGUGUGACUUGUGAAAAAGAGACAAACAAAUCUGAAUAUAUUGUCAGAAUAUUGAAAGUUCAGUUUCAAAGUGUAAGUAAAUAAUAUUACAAGGAUUGCACCUAAUCUUUAUUGCAAUAUAAGCGAAGCAUAAUUCCAACUAAACCUUCAUUAUUAAAAUGUAGACGAGCGCUAGCUCCAGAGAAAUUCCGAACUGCUUGUCAGAAACCAGUGCCUACACAAUGAUACAGAAACAUGUCUUAGUUUUAGUAUUAUUAAAAUAGAUAUUCUGCCUCAGAUGAAUUAUGUUUGUUAUCUCUUCCAUAUUUUGUAUUUGUCAAUGAGCAGACAACAUCAUCAAGGCGUUCAUUAAGGUUCGUCAGAACAAGGAGUUUUGACAAAAGGUCAGCGACCUGAAACAUUCACACAUUUUCCUCUCUUCAUAGAUGC